UAGUUCAUAUAUUUGCAUCGUAAUUCUUUCACAUCUUUUUGUUGAUUGUUCAUUAAGUUUUUACUCGCUGAAGUUUGAAGAAUGUUCUCCAGCAGCCAGUUUGAUUCCGGCAGUGGAUUUACGUCGUCUCAGACCAAUGACUCCUCUUUGUCGAAGAGUCGAGAAACGCCGGGCGUGGUUCCAGUAACGGUAAAACAGAUAAGUGAAGCCUCCCAUUCUGGCGAAGAGAAGGCCAACUUUGUGAUCAACGGCGUCGAUAUUACAAAUGUUACAAUCGUCGGGAAGGUCUCUGAGAAAGCUGAAAGGAAUACUGACAUCACAUUCAUUGUAGAUGAUGGAACAGGAAGAAUUGGCUGCAAAAGAUGGGUAAACGAUACUUUUGACACUAAGCAAAUGGAUGAAAUACAAGAUGGAAUGUAUGUACGGGUAAUUGGGCAUCUGAAAAUAUUUCAAAGUAACAAGCAAAUAUUUGCAUUCUCUGUAAGGCCUGUUACAAAUUUUGACGAGAUUACCUUCCACUUUAUUGAAUGCAUACAUGACCACUUGCGGAAUUCCAAGUUACAGCCCAAUGGAGAUGUAUCGACACAGUUCCAAUCCUCGGAUUCAUCUGUGAAGCCUGCAGUGCAGAGUGGCUCGAGUGGAUAUCAGACAGCAUCUUCAGGACUAUCGUCUCAGCAGCACACUGUUGAUGUUAAAAAGAACUGUGACGAAUUGGUCCUUGACUAUCUGCAGCUGCCCUCCAGCGUUGCAAAAGAAAGAGGAAUACACAGAGAUGAACUGUCCCAACAACUGAAAAUUCCAUUGGAGAAAAUAGUGGACUCCAUAAGGUCUCUUGAAGAUGAAGGUUUGAUAUAUUCCACCAUAGAUGAGUAUCAUUUCAAAUCUGCUGCUGCAUAGAAUUGCUCAAAACUAGCUUAUAGCAGACAACUAAGGCAAGUCUACUCAACAAAUCUCAAUAGAAAAAACCACUGCCUCACUCAACGUCUAGUCUAGUAGUGGUUCGGAUCUUGACCGAGUCCAAGCUUCCCAAGCUCUAUGCUGUUGGGGAACUCCACAUCGGUCUGACCCCUAUCUUGAUUGACUAUAUUUAGGUCUUUGGAGUAUUUUGGGAUUAUAUUAUGGGCUAGGAUUUGUACUUGUGGGCUAGGGUAAAUAUAGCAGACGAGCGAAUCUGGUGGUCGACAAUCGUUGGGACUUGGUAAAGAUUGUCGCAGCACCUGUAGUAGUACUAUAUAUAUAUAUACUUAGAUGUUCAGACUA